UUGUACUUGCAAUGUAAACCAUUCCCAUCUCGAUGAGACUAAAGGACAAUGGCCAUGGCCUCCUGGGCCUAUGUCUCACAUGCAUUUCCAAUUGAGUUUACAAUGCGAAUAUUUGUAAAGUUUCGAACACAAAUCAUGUCAUCGUCGCCCAUAAAUACACCUGUCCCCUUCUUCACGAGUGCUGCUAUACGCGGUAUCUGUGAAGCGGUCGUGAGUACGAGGUCGACCAGUCAAAUUAAAACCUCUUUACAUCAACAGUAUGCACAACCAGACAAACAAACCGAAGGACCGGGCCCCUCCGUUCCAUUUGCCUUAACCAGUCAUAUCAUCGUCGCCCAUUAUAUACCUGUCCCCUUCUUCACUAGUGCUGCUAUACACGGUAUAUCAACAGUAUGCACAGCCAGACAAACAAACCGAAGGACCAGGUCCCUCCAUUCCAUUUGCCUUGCACAUCGCCUUCCACUCCUCGACAUUCUCAACCGAGCCCUUUUGUUGAGCUCUGUCGACUUUCUUCUGCCAUGAGCAUACCUCAUCGACGUAUCUAUCCCUUGAGAACACGGUCCUGCACUUGAUACAGAAGGUGAGCGACCAUGAGCUUCUACACAUUUUACUUGCGAAGACGGAGUAAAACGAUGG